UAAAUAAAUCUAUGCUGGGAAAGUUGGAAAAUAAAAAUCUAUGAAGUUUCUGAGCCUCAUAUCUAUUACACAUUGCAGGGGUUCAUUGUUGAAGGAAAUUAAUGCAUUGGUGGAUCGUCAUUCGGAUAAGUUAACUAUGGAGUUUGUUAGAGCCUCCAAUAAGGGAUAUGCUGUUGAUAUGCCAGUAGUCACAUACAACAAUGCCAAGAAAACUGAAAAAAAUGACUCCCAGCACCGCAUUCUUCUUAGCUUUGGACAGCAUGGGAGAGAGCUCAUUACGACUGAGUUGGCACUGCACCUUCUUUCUCUCCUAACUGAAGAACAUAGUCUGGAUAGGAUUUUUGGUUUUGAUCCGACUGCUCUAGGAAAAGAUCUAGAAAAUCUUGUUUUAAAGGUUGUGCCAAUGGAAAAUGUGAAAGGGCGUGAACUAGUCGAAGCUGGUGACCUCUGUGAGAGAAGGAAUGCAGGACGUGGCGUAGACCUUAACAGAAAUUGGAGUGUUGAUUGGGGAAAAAAGGAGAAGGAUUAUGAUCCAUAUGAAGAAAAUCCUGGAGCUGCGCCUUUUAGUGAGCCUGAGGCUCAAAUAAUGCGGAUGCUCUCCAAGUCAUUCAAUCCUCAUAUCUGGGUGAAUGUACAUUCUGGGAUGGAGGCUCUCUUCAUGCCAUAUGAUCAUAAAAAUACAACACCAGAUGGGGUUACAGCUCAGUUGAUGAAAUCCAUGCUAAAGGGUUUGAACCAUCAUCACUUCAAAGACAGAUGUUUAGUCGGAUCUGGAGGUGGUUCUGUUGGGUAUCUUGCUCAUGGAACAACUACUGAUUACAUGUAUGAAAUUGCCAAGGUGCCAUUGUCUUUUACUUUUGAGAUUUAUGGAGAUCCAAGUGCCUCGUCAAAAGAUUGCUUUAAAAUGUUCAAUCCAGUUGAUGCUGUCACUUUCCAAAGAGUUGUCAACGAGUGGUGUGGAGCAUUCAUUGCCAUGUUUAAGGCAGGUCCUGAGCUGCUAAGGAGCACAAAGACGACAGAAGGUAGAUGGAUUUCUAUAGGUGGCGAUUCGGUGGAAGGGCUAUUAGAAGGAAAUAACAAAGAGAAGGGCAAAAAGAUGGACGGGCUUGAGUUUGGGAUGAGUGAGAUGAGAACCUACUUCAGGCUUUUUAUGCUCUCCUGUGUCUUGCUAAUGUUCAUGUUCUGUUCAAGGAUUUCAAAGACCAAAUUUAGACAGAUGUUGUAGUUAGUUGUCAUUUUGUAGUUUUAACUCAUUCAAUUAUUUUGAGAAAUGUAAUUAUUCGUUUUUAUUCAAGCAGUAAAAGCCGGUUAAUUGGUGCUGAUCUAAUCAA